GGUUCUGCUGGCUGCCCUUCAUCGAGAGUUGUCCCAUCCUUAACAUCUCAGUGUCUUCACACUCAAAAUUUCUGUGAUUCGUUACCCUUAAUACCACCUAUGUUCUACAUUUCUUUGAGUUCUUCAGUCAUCACUGAGCAGCAUGUUCCAGAUUAUAUAUGAACAGGAAGGUGUUUAUAUUCACUCAUCUUGUGGAAAGACCAAUGACCAAGACAGCUUGAUUUCAGGAAUAUUGCGUGUUUUAGAAAAGGAUGCUGAAGUAAUAGUGGACUGGAGACCAUUGGAUGAUGCAUUAGAUUCUUCUAGUAUUCUCUAUGCUGGAAAGGAUUCCAGUUCAGUUGUAGAAUGGACCCAGGCCCCAAAAGAAAGAGCUCAUCGAGGAUUGGAACAUCUGAACAGUUAUGAAGCAGAGUGGGACAUGGUUAAUACAGUUUCAUUUAAAAAGAAACCACAUACCAAUGGAGAUGCUCCAAGUCAUAGAAAUGGGAAAAGCAAAUGGUCAUUCCUCUUCAGUUUGACAGACCUGAAAUCAGUCAAGCAAAACAAAGAGGGUAUGGGCUGGUCAUAUUUGGUGUUUUGUCUAAAGGAUGACGUCGUUCUCCCUGCUCUGCACUUUCAUCAAGGAGAUAGCAAACUACUGAUUGACUCUCUUGAAAAAUAUGUGGUGUUGUGUGAAUCUCCACAGGAUAAAAGAACACUUCUUGUGAAUUGUCAGAGUAAGAGUCUUUCACAGUCUUUUGAAAAUCUUCUUGAUGAGCCAGCAUAUGGUUUAAUACAAGUAGGACUGCUAGACAGAAGAAAGCUGUUGUGGGCCAUUCACCCGUGGCAAAAAAUUAAAAAGGAUCCUUACACAGCAACUAUGGUAGGAUUUUCCAAAGUCACAAACUACAUUUUUGAUAGUUUGAGAGGCAGCGAUCCCUCUACACAUCAACGACCACCUUCAGAAAUGGCAGAUUUUCUUAGUGAUGCUAUUCCAGGGUUAAAGAUAAAUCAACAAGAAGAACCAGGAUUUGAAGUCAUCACAAGAAUUGAUUUGGGAGAACGACCAGUUGUUCAGAGGAGAGAGCCAGUGUCCCUGGAAGAAUGGACUAAGAACAUUGAUUCUGAAGGAAGAAUCUUAAAUGUAGACAAUGUGAAGCAGAUGAUAUUUAGAGGGGGACUUAGUCAUGCGUUGAGAAAGCAAGCAUGGAAGUUUCUUCUGGGUUAUUUUCCUUGGGACAGUACCAAGGAGGAAAGAACUCAAUUACAAAAACAAAAAACUGAUGAAUACUUCAGAAUGAAACUACAGUGGAAAUCUGUCAGCGAGGAACAAGAGAAGAGAAAUUCAAGGUUAAGAGAUUAUAGAAGUCUUAUCGAAAAGGAUGUUAACAGAACAGAUCGAACCAACAAGUUUUAUGAAGGCCAAGAUAAUCCAGGGUUGAUUCUGCUUCAUGACAUUUUGAUGACCUACUGUAUGUAUGAUUUUGAUUUAGGGUAUGUGCAAGGAAUGAGUGACUUACUAUCCCCUCUUUUAUAUGUGAUGGAAAACGAAGUGGAUGCCUUUUGGUGCUUUGCCUCCUACAUGGACCAAAUGCAUCAGAAUUUUGAAGAGCAAAUGCAAGGCAUGAAGACCCAGCUAAUUCAGCUAAGUACCUUGCUUCGGUUGUUGGACAGUGGAUUUUGCAGUUACUUAGAAUCUCAGGACUCUGGAUACCUUUAUUUUUGCUUCAGAUGGCUUUUAAUCAGAUUUAAAAGGGAAUUUAGUUUUCUAGAUAUUCUUCGAUUAUGGGAGGUCAUGUGGACUGAGCUACCUUGUAAAAAUUUCCAUCUUCUUCUCUGUUGUGCUAUUCUGGAAUCAGAAAAGCAGCAAAUAAUGGAAAAGCAUUAUGGCUUUAAUGAAAUACUUAAGCAUAUCAAUGAAUUGUCCAUGAAAAUUGAUGUGGAAGGUGUACUAUGCAAGGCAGAAGCAAUUUCUCUACAGAUGGCAAAAUGCAAGGAAUUGCCACAAGCAGUUUGUGAGAUCCUUGGGCUUCAGGACAGUGAAGUUACAACACCAGAUUCAGACACUGGUGAAGAUGAAAAUGCUGGCGUGACUAGUUGUCCUGCAUCUGCAUUUCAGAGUAACUCCUUGCCAGCACUUGCUGCCAGUGGAGCCAGAGCUGACAACCCAACACAAACACCAAUGUCCCCAAAUGUCAGCAGAUUAACACCUGCAUGAUCAUUUGCUUAAUUUUUGAAGAGACACUUUGUUGCAACUUUUUUUCAAAUACUUGAAAGGUGGAAAUUUAAAAUCUUGGUAUUGAUCAUGCUUUAAGGUUUAUGGAAAGAAAGUGUACUGAUGUUUUUGCAUUAAAGCUUUACAAAGAUUUAAACUAAUUAUUUUUGUAGUUACUUCUACCAGAUAGCCUUUUUUUCCCAGUAACAUUCCUUAGUAUUUUUAUAGCCAAGUACAGAUUAUUUUCUUGCUGAUGAACUGGAAUUGGAUAAAUAUUGCAAGUGGAUGAGAUGGAAAUUAUGCACUUUGAAAAACAUUCACUUUGUUUACUCUAAGUUUGGUGGGUUUUGGAUUUGAUCAAAUUAAAGGUUGAGGCUUUCUAUAGCAUUCUGAGCUGAGAAGUAGAUUGUUGUCCAGUGACAAGAUUCUCUUGUUUGUUUUUCUCUAUUGUUUACAGCAAUACUCAGCUUAAAUAUUUAUGCUGGUUGAAUGUGAUUUAAAUUGGACAUUUUCAUCAAUGCAAUUUAAUGUGUAGAUAUUUCAACCAUAGAAAGUGGAUUGGCAGUAUAUUUUUACAUUGAACUUUUCUUCACUUGUAUAUAAAGACUAUAUACGUACUUAUUUAUGAGUAUAAGAAAAGAUAAGCAUAUUUUCUUUAACUGAAUAAACUUGACUUGAUUUAUAUAACCUGAUUUCACAAAGUUAAUACAUAGCUUCAAUAUGAGAUCUUUUUCAAAACUAUUUUCUUAACCACACAUUUAUUUCAUGAGACCACAUUCAACCCUGUACCUGGUGUAAUUUUAAAAUUAACUGCUUGUAACCUCACUUUACUAAUGAUGUUUAUUAUCUUUCCUAAUAAUGCAUUAACUGAUUCAUCAGGUCUUUAAAUUUUCAUAAAAUACUCCUUGCAAAAAGCUUAUGUCAAAAAUUUCAGUGUACUAUCACGAGUCUCAAAAUAAUACUUUUUUAUAUAUGAACAAAGCUGUUGUUUUUACCAUGCAGUGUUGCAUGAUUUAAAGUUAUGUGGAAUUAACAAAACUGAUUCUGUGUUAAUUGUAAUUUGUUAACUCCUGUACAUAUCAUUAAAAUAAAUUUGAAGUUGAAGUA